CAAAAUUACAUAAAAUACAUGGCAAAUCCACGUGCUUCUAUGUGUAACUUCCGUUUUACCCAUAGUUCAUCUCACAAAAAAGGAAGUUGUCCUUUCUCUUGAAUCUGUGAUCGGGAUUGAACGUUAGUAACCCGAGAAAAUGUCUGAUACUGAAAGGGAAGAUGCCCCAGCUCCUGCUGGCUCGCUCGACUUAUACUCUGCCUUGCAGGAGAUUUUAAAGACCUCUCUCAUUCACGAUGGCUUAGAAAGAGGACUCAGCCAGUGUUGUAAAGCACUAGACAAACGAAAAGCCCAUUUGUGUAUCUUGGCAAACAGUGUAGAUGAACCCAGCUAUACUAAACUAGUCGAAGCUCUCUGCACUGAACAUGGUAUCAACCUCCUCAAAGUUGAAGACAGCAAGAAAUUAGGCGAAUGGGCUGGUCUUCGUCGUAUUGAUGUUGAAGGUAAAGCCAGAAAAGUGAAUGGAUGUGGCUGUGUUGUUGUAAAGGACUAUGGAAAAGAAUCACAAGCACUUGAUGUUUUGAAUGAAUAUUUCAAGUCCAAGAAAUAACUGCGUAUAGCAUUCUGUGAGCAUAUGCUAUGUUAAUAAAGUGUUUGUAAAACAGA